GCUUGACAUUUCGUGUAGUUCUAGAAAACUUUAUUUGACCUAAAGAAAUAGAGACAACGAGAGCACCAAGUAUCAUUGCUUUACUUCUCUCUUUGAGACCCUCUCUCUAUUCUCUAUACCUAGCUCUUUCAUUUCCUUUGAGUUUUUAGUAAAAGAUACAAAUAACCCUAGCUACUUGAUAUGGAAGACCUCAUCUCUUCCUCCUCAUCGUCUUCGUUUCUUUGUCACGGCGGAGCAUCUCCAACCAUCCAACAACGACUUCAAUUCAUCAUGCAAAGCCGCCCUGAGUGGUGGAUGUACUACAUCUUUUGGCAAACUUCGAAAGACAGUUCCACUGAUCGCCUUGUUCUUUCGUGGGGCGAUGGCCACUUUCGAGGCAAUAAAGAUUUUAUGCUCAAGGCUGCGAAUAGCAAUAUUGGACUCGGACCGCAAGAUCAGCCUCAGCAGCCUCAGCAGCCGCAUCCUAAGUUUGGGUUCGAGUUGGAGAGGAGGAAAGUUGCUAAAGGGAUUCAAUCACUCUUUACCGAUAGCCUGCCAGGCAUCGACGGGGUCGUUGAAGCUGAUUUCCCUGAUUCCGAGUGGUUCUUUAUGGUAUCGGUGACUAGAUCUUUUGCUGCUGGAGAAGAUAAUACUGUUGGCCGGGCUUUUAGUUCGGGUUCGUACGUCUGGUUGGCUGGUGAUCAUGAGCUUCAGUUUCAGAACUGCGAUCGUGCUAAAGAAGCGUAUCUUCAUGGAAUCAAAACACUUGUUUGUAUCUCAACUCCAUGUGGUAUUAUUGAGUUGGGCUCAUCGUAUGUGAUAAAGGAAGACUGGGGUUUAAUUCACUUGGCCAAAUCUCUCUUUAGCCCUGAUAACAACGGUACUACUAAUAUUAUGCCUAUAAGCAACAUGAGUAGCCCUAGUGCAAUUGCUCACGCCCCUCCUCAGAAUCCUACUCGAAGUCUUUCCUUUUUUGAUAUUAACGCUGUUUCAGGAGAUCAGAAUAGGACUUCAGGAGACGAGGAUGGGAACGUAAAGCCCGAAAAGAAACUUACCAAAGUGGGAAGAUCAUCUUCCGAUUCUGAGAAUUCUGAUUUCGAGAGCACUCUUGCUCCUGAUUCUAGUAUGAACACGAGGAUGAAGAAAAGAGGAAGGAAGGCAGCCACGUCCGGGCGAGAGUUAGCACAGAACCAUGUAGAGGCUGAGAGACUCCGUAGGGAGAAGCUCAAUCACCGAUUCUAUGCUCUCCGAAGCGUGGUUCCUAAUGUGUCAAGAAUGGACAAGGCUUCUUUACUUGCGGAUGCAGUCACAUACAUCAAUGAACUCAAAUCAAAAGUGGAGGAUUUGGAGGUUAAACUCCGCGAAGAAAUGAAGAAGUCAAAAUGUAUCACCGAUGUAGUGUAUGAUACUCAGAGCACCUCUACAAACGUGUAUCACACUGCUAGGUCAUCCAUGAGUUAUGGACCUGUGAACAUGGAAGUGGAUGUCAAAAUUCUAGGGUCACAAGCUAUGAUACGCGUACAAAGUCCUGAUGUGAAUUAUCCGGCUGCAAGACUGAUGGACGCUCUUAGAUUGCUAGAGUUCCGAAUUCAUCAUGCAAGUGUGUCAAGUGUCAAGGAAAUCAUGCUUCAAGAUGUUGUCAUCAAGGUUCCUGAUGGACUGACAAGCGAGGACGCCCUCAAAACCGUGCUGCUGAGAACACUGCAGAUGUGAUCCAUCAAGACUGCUGUUCUGUUGGAACUUAAUAUAUGUAUCGUAGUCGCCUAGUGAUUAACGUGUGUUGUAAUAUCGAUCAGCUUCUUUGUCGUAGUAGACUUAAUUCUCCUUAUGGAACUUCUAUCCUUAAUUAUAUAUAUCUAUGUGUGUUUGUAUGUUUAUACAUAGACACAUAAAUAUAUAUGCUAGGUUUCUUAUUUUGUGUUCUGAAAAUGUGAAAUCUAAGGUUGGAAGCAAUGUUGAGUGAUGAAGUUGAUGUUAUGUUUUCUGUAAAAAUUUAAUGUGGAAUUGAAGUACGUUCUUCA